AAGGUUAAUUUAGAUGUUACUCUCAUUAUGUCUUUCUUGCGGGGGAUUCAUUUAUCACGUUUGUUUACGAGUAUUUUGGUUUAAGUAAAGACACAGGGCUCUAAUUUGCAAUAUAACGUUUAUUUGUUAUAAAUAUUAUUUUCAUUUAAAACAUGUACGCCACUGAGCCACGAGGGCAGCUAAAGCUUAGUAGUAUCCAUUCAAGAUUAACGUUGAAGAGGGAAUACCGGAACGACUAAGAGGCAACUUGGCUGCAUAUGGACAGAGGUAUCCUUGGCGAGUGUUGGUUUCUGGACUGAAGGCCGCAGAUAUUGAACAACUGAACCGUUUUGCAUCUGGAGGGUAUUGUGAUGAGUCGACCAUUGUUUAUAUGCAACAUCCAUGUGUUAUAUUGACUGCAUUGGAAGUGUUAGACCACUUAUAUUGAAGUUAACAAUGGCAAAGCAUGUAUCGUGCGAGAACCACAAUGACACCUGUAAAUGUAAGGGUGGAAUUGCUGCACAAUCGUUAGAUGAGAUGGAGUUUGAGAGGGGGAUAUGGAGCGCAGCCCAGUAUGGGGAAUUGGAAAGAGUUAAAAUGUUGAUUGAGAACGGAAGGUGUAAACCUGAUCAAAAAGAUUCUGCUGGCUACACGGCGCUCCAUUAUGCGGCAAGAAACGGCCAUUCGGAUAUUUGUAAAUAUUUAUUAGAAAAGGGAGCGGAUAUAAAUGCCACCACGCGGUCCGGACAGGCUACCGCUUUGCUCAGAGCAUGCUCAGCAGGAAAAACCGAUAUAGUGGCCCUUCUCCUUUCGUCCAAAGCAGAUGUAACGAAACAAGACAGCGAUGGAAAAACCGCUUUGCAUAGGGCCGCCGAAAAUAAGCAUAAAGCGAUAUGUGACAUUUUAAUAUCUCGGUUUCCUGAUAUUAAAGAUAUCCCGGACCUGAAGGGAAAUCUGCCGCCUAUUUAUUGAUUUUUUCACUUUAUUUGUAAAUUUAUAGGAAGCUUAACUUAAUGUAUCUAAAUAUAUUUGAUCAAUGAA